AUGUUAUUGGACACCACCGUUAGACCGUAUUUACUAGACGCUGUAUGCAAGAUGCAUUUAUAUGGAAAUGAAACAUUAUGCUUGAAUCUUCAUAAUUAUCCAGAACAUAAAGACAGUGUUCAAAAGGAAGCAAGCAUUUAUUUCUUCAUCUAUCAGAUUGCCGCAAACGUUCCAGCCUUUGUAACGUGUCCACUUCUAGGAGCCUGGAGUGACAAAAAUGGUCGCAGAUUGUCGAUGAUAUUUUCGUGCAUUGGAUUGACAUUAUCUGUACCAUUUUAUAUAGGCAGUAUGUAUAUUGGACACCCCACACUCGCAGUUUGGAUCAUACUUGCAGGUACUUUCUUUCAGGGUCUUUCGGGGAAAGUUAUAUCAAUGACUGUCAACUGCUUUAUAGUAGAAAUAUCAGAUGCUAAGAAUAUUACAAAACACAUGAGUAUGUUAUCUUCAAUGAACUUUUUCGGAAAUUGCUUUGGUGCCUUCUUGGCAGGAAUUAUCGGCUGGAAAUUAGUUCCAUAUUUUACUGUCAUUGGAAUCAAUUGUGUUACUGUCAUUAUCAUACUAGUUUUUAUCAAGGAGACCAAGCAUCGGACGACAGGCAAAGUUUCUGACUCUUCUGAAAUUUCAAAGAGUUGUGCUGAUUGUGAAUCAAGCAGCAAAUCUGCAACAAGAAAUAUUUUAAGUGACAAUAAUGCAGACAAACAUCCCCUCAUAUACGGAACUUUCGAGAGAUUUAAAACGUAUUUCGACGUAUUUACAAGAAAAAGAACAGGUUUCAUUAACAUUUGUAUCAUUAUUCUUUUGUCUAUUACAUUCGUAAGUGGUUGUGACGUCACUGGAUAUACUGACAUACUGCUUCUGUUUGUUAGUAGAAGUCCUUACAAUUGGGAAAAAUCUUUAUACUCAUAUUUUGUGUCUUCUCAUAACGUCUCAGUAGGCGUGUCGCUAUUGGUAAUUCUCCCGUUCCUAUCAAAGAUAUUGAAACUAUCUGAUAUAUAUCUUGUAAUGAUAGGAUUAUCUUGUAGGGUAAUUCGAUACGCGUGCUUAGGAUUAGGAUUUAGCACAGAAACUUGGACUAUAUUCGUCUAUGACGUAAUCGGCUCUGGUGGUUCAUUUAUCAUUUGCAUCAAAUCCAUUGUGAGCAAAAUCAUAGGAGAAGAGGAUCUAGGGAAAUUCUUUGCCAUUUAUGCUAUUAUUGAAAUUGCUGCAAAACUCAUUGGAUCUAUAGCAUACCUGGGACUAUACAGAGAAACUGUGUCUCUUUACCCGGGUAUCACCUUCUUUGUGAUGGGACUGGUCAAUUUUGCUUUGCUUAUAGUAACUGUUGUAGUAUCUAGAUUAUUCAAAAAAGGACAAAAUAAAAAAGUGACACUUAUUUCCUUCAUUAAACUGUCUGAAAAUGGUAAGACACAUAUAUAA